AUGACCUCCAAUUCAACAUAUACAAUCAACCCAAACGACCUCCCAUCCCACCUCCUGACCUCCCACCAAAAACGCUACACAACAAUCUCCAUCCCAUCAACCUACGGCCGCCUCCACAACAGCCCAGCAGCAGGAACAGUCGUAGGCAUAGUCCUCGGCUGCACAGCAGGCUUCAUCCUGCUAAUGUACGCGCUCUUCCUAGCCGUGAACCCAGGCGGAAUAGCGCGCGGCACCAGCGGCACCAUUGCACCAACAGUCUCCUCCUCCCUCUCAAUGGACGAAGAGGAGAUUGUGGAGGUGCGAGCUCGGCGACCCUCUAGACGUCGUCAGAGUGAUCAUACUAUCGAAGUUAUGGAGGAGCGGGAAAAUUUCCGCGACAGUUAUCGGCGCAGGCCUUCAUCUAGGCAUGAUCGCAUUGUUGUUGAGGAGUCACUGGCUACUUCCACUUCUGGGGGUGGGGAUGUUGUUGAGGUGCUCGAGGAGGAGAGUUCUGUUCCUUCGGAUCUUUCGCCGAGGCCCCCGCGACGAUCUAGGAGGGGUGUGAGCCAUGUUGAUCCGUUGGCUUAUGGGGGUGGGAGUGAGUAUAGUCGUAGGUCUUGA